UGUUCCAUGUGUCCCUGCCCUCCUGACAGCCUGGUUAAAGCCCCCAAUCGUGGCACGCCACUCAGUAUGGUGCUGCACACUGGGAUUCAACUACUGUAGGCAAAUACAGCAGCGGCAGAACAGAGAGGCCUGUCUCUGUGUUUGUUUGUGUGUGUGCGUGUAUGUUAGUGUAUAUGUGUGGGUUGGUGUGAGUGAGCGCGGGAGUGUGUGCGUGUGUGUGUGUGUGUAUCAGACUGCUCAACAGCAUCAUGGACACAGACUAUUCGAAGCGGGUGUACCAAGGCGUCCGAGUCAAGCAUACGGUCAAAGACCUGCUGGCAGAGAAGCGAUCCAGGCAGACAAGUGGGCCCAGAUACAGUGGAGGAUCGACCACUCCGCCUUCAUACGUCCAGAUGCCAGGGUCUCACAUGCUGCCCAGCUACUACGGCAUGAGGCGUCCCUUCAUCUCCGACUCCGACUUCGCAUCCGUCAAGCAGUUCUCCCCUGACGUCUAUUCCUCCGCCCUGGGGGGCAAACCUCUGGGCUGCGAUCCGUCCACGAUGACCAGCUACUCCUCCCUCAUUGACAGCUACUACCCAGAGGCCUUUGGCGACUACCGCAGCGCCGCCACCUUCUCCAGCUCCGGGGGCUCGUUCCUGCCCUCGUCGGCCCUCUCCUCCCUGCUGCCUCCCUUCAGUGGAGAGUCCUCGCAUCUGUUUCCGAGAGACUCGUGGGACCAGUCGGUUCCGGAGCCAGUGUCCCAGGUGGAGGCUCUCUGUCCGGACAGCCUGGCCUCCGUCAGCGUCCCGCCCUCCAUGCCAAGCCCAGAGCCCCCAGGCAGCCCGUCCCAGUACCGGUCCAACAGCCGAGGCUCCUCCAUGUGCUCCGUCCCCGGCAGUCAGCCAUACACCCUACACUCCCUGGAGGACGCCCACUACCACUCUCUAACCGGCAGCAGCUCCUACCCCGCCGCCCCCUCCUCUUCCUUCUCCUGUACUCCCUACAUGAGCAGCUCUGCCAGCGACCUGGUGUCCAAGAUGGUGACGGAGGAGGACGGUAGCCUCCCAGCCAAUGGCGAGGCUUCCUGGGCGAAGGAGGACGGGGUGAGCCCCUGGUCGCCCUACGAGAUCAGGAGGCCCUACUGACCGGAUGAUGGGCCCCUGCUUCAGAAUUCAGAGGAAGAUGGAGAUUUUACAGACACUUAAAGAGACAGUGCAGAGGAAAUUCCGGGAGUUGUGUUAUUGAUCGGACAAUUUCAGUGCAUUUCCGAAGCAUCGUGGUGUCCAGAUGUCAAUAUUACAACCAGAUGAGAUGGGAAAAGUCCUAUUAUUUUGAUUUAAUGUUUUUUGUUAUAUGAAAAAGAGUGGAAAAGGAAGACUUGAUCAGAACAAUUAAGUCAUAAUAAGCCUUAAAAAUCAAUCAACAAAAAUUAAUCUUCAUUGGAGUGAAGUGAAUAUAAAAGGCCUGCCGCUUUCAUGGUGUAUGAUUUUUGUGGAUACUAUGGUUGUUGUAAAAAAGUCAUGUGGACAUGAAACAUGAUAAAGACCCCCAGACGGACAUUGGUUCUUCUGCCACAGGGGGGCGCACUUCUGCAGUCCAAGUACCAGUGGCUGUGGGGUAUAAGGCUGCAGAAAACAAAAUAUCAAGAUAUAGUCAAAUGUACAGUAUACAUGUAAUGUAUUUGUGUGUAGGUGAAAAAGUAAGUAAAGGAUUUCAGAUUGCAGUGAGGCGGACCUUUAGUGUAUUUACUGUCCAACUGCAACACGUUGAGGCCACAUGCUGUGCCGAAAGCUAUGAGCAGAAACAUAAUUAAAAGAAACUGAUAAAUGGGUCAAAUUUUCAGGUUCCGGGAAAAAAACAUUGCUUUAGCAUGCAGUAUAAAAUAUACCUUAGUACAGUAUAUGUGUAUAUAAUUUAAGUGGGAACAAAAUACAGUAAAACAACAGCCUAAGAAGUAUGAUGAGGAUAAUUUCCCAGCUGUCUCAGCAUUAUAUAUAUAUAUACAUAUAUAUAUAUACCAGGUAUCAUACAUAUAUAUAUAUAUAUAUAUAUAUAUAUAUAUAUAUAUAUAUAUAUAUAUAUAUAUAUGUAUGUUACCUGGUUGUGGAUAGAAUAAAGUUGAAUGGUUAUGGUAACAUAUUCUGACCCUCUUUAUUCAGCAUUAAAAAAGAAUGAGUGAAUGUGUCUAACUAAUAGGUACAUGGGCCCCU